GGGUUAUGUGGCUGUCCCGCAGCGGGUGGCUCGGUGUUGUUGUGCAGUGGCACUUGGACCUCCGGCUCCUCAGCCUUGCUUGGACUUGGGGCAGCUGUAGGGGCCCGAUGAUGGAAACGAUGUCGACUCAAGCUGAGGCAGCAGGCGGGCUGAGCAAAACGGCUCAGCAAAACGGAGACGCUGGUAGCGACGCUAGCCUUGAGCCGCUUCCCGGGGGCCCAGUAGUGGAGCCGACCGUGGGGAGCCGGGAGCAGACCCCAGGAGACAGAGAGCAGCCUUCGGUUCUAGCCCCAGAUCCAGGCAAGCGGAAGAAGCGGCGGGGAGCAACGCGGGAGCGCAUAGUGCCGCCCCCAAAGAAACGGCGGACUGGGGUCAGCUUUAGCGAUGAGCAUUUUGCAGAGACCAGCUACUACUUCGAGGGCGGCCUGCGCAAGGUGCGGCCCUAUUACUUUGACUUCCGGACCUACUGCAAAGGCCGUUGGGUGGGCCACAGCUUGAUGCAUGUCUUCAGCACCGAGUUCCGAGCCCAGCCGCUCACCUACUAUGAAGCCGCGAUCCGGGCCGGCCGCCUGCACCUCAACGAGGAGCCAGUACAGGACCUCAGCAUUGUGCUCAAGGAUAAUGAUUUCUUGCGGAACACAGUGCACAGACAUGAGCCACCAGUUACCGCAGAGCCUGUUCGCCUGCUAGCUGAAAAUGAAGAUGUGGUAGUUGUAGACAAGCCUUCCUCCAUUCCUGUCCAUCCCUGUGGCCGUUUCCGACACAACACAGUCAUCUUCAUCCUGGGCAAGGAGCACCAACUGAAGGAGCUGCACCCAUUACAUCGGCUUGACCGCCUUACCUCAGGAGUGCUCAUGUUUGCUAAGACAGCAGUUGUCUCUGAGAGAAUUCAUGAGCAGGUUCGGGACCGGCAGCUGGAAAAGGAGUAUGUGUGCCGUGUGGAAGGGGAGUUCCCUGCCAAGGAGGUGACCUGCAAAGAACCCAUCUUAGUGGUAUCUUACAAGGUAGGGGUGUGCCGUGUAGAUCCCCAGGGCAAGCCCUGUGAGACUGUGUUCCAGAGGCUGAGCUACAAUGGCCGCUCCAGUGUGGUACGGUGCCGGCCACUCACAGGCCGUACCCACCAGAUCCGAGUCCAUCUUCAAUUCCUGGGCCACCCCAUUCUCAAUGACCCCAUCUACAAUUCAGUGGCCUGGGGCCCCUCCCGAGGAAGGGGUGGCCAUAUUCCCAAGACGGAUGAGGAACUGCUCCGGGACCUGGUGGCAGAGCACCAAGCCAAACAGAGCCUGGAUGUACUAGAUCUCUGUGAUGGUGACAUGCCCCCAGGACUCACAGACACUACAGCCCCCUCUUCAGAGUUGACCAAGGACAACCUCGAAGAGUUGGCCACAGCUGCCCAGAAGAUGGAUGGAGUAGUUGAAGAAGCCCCUCAGGAUCUGGACACAAUGGACUUGGCACAAGGAAAGGCAGCUGAAACAGAAGUUAUUAAUCAAGAGACAGACCCACUUUGUGCAGAAUGCCGGCUGGUGCGACAGGAUCCCUUGCCCCAAGACCUUGUGAUGUUCCUGCAUGCCCUCCGCUAUAAGGGGCCAGACUUUGAAUAUGUUUCACCUUUGCCUCCCUGGGCACAGGAUGACUGGCAAGAAAACUGAAGGCAGUAACCAAUGGCAGGAUUGCUUCUUGGGAUGGGACAGGGCUGAGCCAUGGGGCAGGGGCUGACCCUAUGAGCUGGUACUCAGGGUUUCCAUAAGAUUGGGAUUGGGCUGUAAAGGGACAUGCUCAUACAUGCUACCUCCUUCCUUCUCCCUCCAGCUUGAAUCUGGGAGCUUUUUGGUUUGUAAAUGUAUCUUUUUUUUCUAACA